UAGUUUGAGACAAAUUAAGAGGAGGAGGAGGAGGGGAUGGGGGCGGUGACUUCUACAAUGGCAGCAAAGUUGGCGUUUUUUCCUCCGAAUCCGCCGUCGUACAGUGUGGAAGCGGACCCAUCUACAGGGAGGCUGAGGCUCAACGGCGUGACCGAAAAAGAAAAUGUGGAAAUUCUGAAGCUGCCCACCAGCAGGGGAACACAGAUCGUGGCCGCGUUUAUGAGGAACCCAGAGGCGUCUCUCACCGUGCUUUACUCUCACGGAAACGCUGCUGAUCUCGGUCAGAUGUAUGACUUAUUCAGUGAACUCCGACUUCAUCUUCGAGUCAACUUAAUGGGAUACGACUAUUCAGGGUAUGGUCAAUCGACAGGGAAGCCAAGUGAGCAUAGCACGUACGCAGACAUCGAAGCUGCGUACAAAUGUCUUGAAAAAACAUACGGUGUGAAGGAGGAGAACAUGAUACUAUAUGGGCAGUCGGUUGGAAGUGGACCUACUUCAGAUUUGGCAUGUCGCUUGCCACGUUUGAGGGCUGUUGUUCUUCACAGCCCCAUCUUAUCUGGUCUCCGAGUAAUGUAUCCAGUCAAGCGCACUUAUUGGUUCGAUAUUUACAAGAAUAUCGAUAAAAUACCCUUGGUGAAAUGUCCUGUUUUGGUCAUUCAUGGAACUGAAGAUGAUGUUGUAAAUGUAUCCCAUGGGAAGAAGCUUUGGGAGCUUUCCAAAGAAAAGUAUGAACCUUUAUGGAUUAGAGGAGGGAACCAUUGUGAUUUGGAAAUGUAUCCAGAGUACAUAAGACAUCUCAAGAAGUUCAUUUCAACUGUUGAGAAUUCAGCAGCAACAGCAACAGCAACAGCAGCAGCAGAAGCAGCAACAUCAACAGCAGCAGCAGCAGCAGCAGCAACAGCUCUUCCAAUUCCAUCAAUGAUUAGAAGAAGCAGUACUACUACAGACCAAAGAGACAAGUCUAGACGAGUGAGUACAAUUGACAGAAGAAGAGAUCAGAAGCCUCCUCGGUUAAGCCUUGAUGUUGAUCAUCACCAUCGUCGUCAUCAUCAUCAGGUGGUGGUGGACAAGUCAAGAUCCUGUACAGAAGGGAGGGAUCAUGAGAAUUUGAGAAGAAGAGGAGGAGGAGGAGGAGGAGGAGGAGGAAGAAGAAGAAAUUUAGAUAAUAAUCCCGCCGUGAUGGUUGAGGAGGACAAAUCCAACCCCAACUCUGAUCUGCCUGACAAACCAAGAAAGAGCAUUGAUCGCUUUGGGGAGAUGUUCAGAUCGUCAGGAUUUUGCAAUAUUGAUUGUUUCAAGCCUCCUACUGGAGCUACUAUUGUCUAAAUAAAAUAAAAUAAAAAAUAAAUAUAUUAUUAAGAUUGGGGAUGAACAAGAAAGAAAGAAAGGUACAAACAAUAUAGUACUCAUUAUCACCAUCACCAUAUUAUUUAUUUAUUAAUUGGAUUUGUGGGAAAUAGAUUUUGUGAAUGAAUUCUUUUCUUUUC